AUGCGAUUUCUGAAAAGAAGUUUUAAGCAAAACAAAGAAGAAGAAACAACUGAAGAAGAAAUCCCCGAUCGACCCAUGACUAUUCGCAGCUUUGGAAGCCAGAUCUCCAUAUGUUCUUUUGCAGUUCUCGACAACCAAAGAACUGAUAUUCAACGUGAUAUUGAGCAGGACAAGGCCAUCGAAAGUCUAAUCGAAACAACUCUCGUAGAUUCAAUUAAUGUAAUUCUUCGUGAAUACCAAGGUCCGCCAGUAACAGAUGAGCCACCAACGGAGCUGCCAGCGACGACGGAAGAGUCCACCGAUGCACCAGAGACAACGACUGAAGCUCUCCCUCCCUGCGAUGCUUGCCAAGAAACGCUGAAAAACUCGACCAUUGCUCUUCAAGGCCUUUUUCCAGGGAAGGAUAACAGAUAUGAUCUUCUGAGAUCUUCUUGCGUGAACAAAGAUGUCUACGGAAAAUUCUUCGUCUUUUGCGACUUGAAUCAAAACGGCGAAAUCGACGUCAAUGAAGAAUCUGUCAAAGUCUCCCUCUACGCCAAAAAAUGCGGAAAAGACGGAUACGAGUACGACUUGGCAAACAAGGUCGAUUUCAGCUGCAGCGAGGUGGCGGGGCCACGCUGCGAAGUGCCGGAAAAGUUCUUGGACGUUAUGGGUCCGGGCGGAAGCUACUUUGAAGAAGACGGCAAGCUGAUCUUUUACUGCGAUGUGAAUGAAAACGGCGAGUACGACAAGAAGAAAGAAAAGAAAUACGUCUACAAAAAAUCUUGUAAGCUUCAGAAAAUCAAAAAGCUGUUGAAAAAGAAGGCUAGUGGAAUGUGCGAGAAGCCAACAACAACGACAACUUCCACAACGACAACUACAACAACGGCAUCAUCAACAACAUCGACAUCAACAACUACAACAUCCACAACGACAUCGACAACAACUUCCACGCCAACUACUACCACUACUACUGCUUCUACCACUUCCACAACCACUACAACAACAUCAACGACCGAAGCGCCAACAACGACAACAACAACAAAGAAGAAUCCAUCAGGAUGCUUGAAGCUGUGCGACUACGCUUUCAACCGAUUCUCCCAAGACGGAAUGCAAGUUUCGUGCACCGGCGAUUCUGAAAGCACAUACGAGUGGACUGUUGCAUGCUCUAACGGAAAAGAAGCAUUGACCUACGGCUGGAGAAAGAACUGCUGGAAGACAGCGAGACGAUUCAACGAGUUGAAAUGCUAG